AUGCAACGUGGCGACGUACCACGUCGUCUGACGGUGACGACGUGGUAUCGUCACCGUCCGGUUGAUUUGGGCCACCCAACUCAGCGACGAGCGCCCACGACAACGACCACGACAACGCAACAACGACACACGACGACGACGACACGCGACGACGACAACGAGACGACGACACGCGACAACGACAACGCGACAACGACGACACGUGAGGACAACGACAACGACAACGCGACGACGACAACACGUGAGGACAACGACAACGACAACGCGACGACGACACGCGACGUCGACAACAUGUGGGUUCUAUAA